AUGGCGGACUCCAAGGACGCCGACGCCCCUUCCAGCGGGCCUCCAAAAGGGAACCCUCCUCCAAGAUUCAGACUCAAACCUCUAGAUAUCCCCGUCCUCAAGCAUCUCAGGUCAAAGCGCGUCAUACUUGCCUCCGCCUCACCACGUAGAAAAGCACUCCUGGGUCAAGUCGGCCUCGUCAACCUCGACAUCAUCCCCUCCACCAAACCCGAAAACGUCGACAAAAAAUCCCACACCCCCGCCGAAUACGUAACCGCCACCGCCAUCCAAAAAUGCCUCGACGUCUACGAGCUCGCCGUACAAUCCCAGCCCGAAACCCGCGACGACGCCACUGAACCCCGGCCGGACCCGUCCCUCGUCAUCUCCGCCGACACCAUCGUCGUCUCGCGCGACGGCCGCAUCCUCGAGAAACCCCGCGAUCGCGCCGACCACAUCCGCAUGCUUCGCCACCUGCGCGAUACGCGCGUGCAUAGCGUCUUGACCGCCGUGUGCGCCAUAGCGCCCCGGGAGGAUGCGCAGUAUCCGGGGUACGUGAUGGAGACGCAUACGGAGGAGACCAAGGUUUAUUUUGCGAGGGAGUCGGAUGGGUUGCCGGAUGAUGUUAUUGAGGCGUAUGUUUCGACGGGGGAGGGCGUUGAUAAGGCGGGGGGUUAUGCGGUGCAGGGGAUUGGGGGCAUGUUGUUGGUUGAAAAGGUGGAGGGGAGUGUAGAUAAUGUUGUGGGGUUGCCGGUUAGGCAGUGUCUUGCGCUUGCUGAGAAGGUCAUCUUUAGACAGGACGGGGAGUCGGAGGGUGAGGACGAGUGA